GCUGAGCGAUUGCUUAUUGUGUAGUCUGCUUGCAGUGCUAGUCUAGCUUGCUGUUUGAGCUGAAUGCAGUGCAUUCUAUCAGAGGAGAGGAGAGAUGUUUGAAUUUGUGAAUCCAAUUCCAGACAAAAUAAUAAUCAAGGAUUGUCUGAAAAAGUCAGCAUCUCCAAACGUCAGCAUCCAGCUGGCUGGAAGAGUCUGAGUGCAGUGACCAUGGAUCCGAAAAUGUGUUAAUGCAUGGGGUUUGAAUUGCAGCAUGUCGGACUCCAGACUGAAUCAGUUUAUUUGAAAAAAAUACGCUCUGAGGGUGAAGUGCAGAAGGGGACGGCUCCACAAAUAUGUUUUAGCGAUCUAGCUUCAGAGAAUGAAGAGAGAGGGAGAGAGAGAGAAAGAGGAAUGCAGGAUGGAUGAAACAAAGUAAUUGCUUCCCGUUAUCCAAAGGGUGUUGAGAAUAUAAAUCAUUUUGAAAGAUCACCAUCUCAUGUGAGUGCGCUGAUACAGGGGACAGAUUCAGGACAUGGCUGAACAAGUUUUGGGAUUCUUCGUACUCUAUAGCUUCCUUGUGAUAGCCCUUCUUUCCAAGAGCAGCCUCACUGUGCACGGAUUUUCAAAAAAACAUGCUCGACCAGCACCAACAGAGGGGAAGGACAACAUUACCAUCUUCACCCGAAUCCUGGAUCGCCUGUUGGAUGGAUAUGACAAUAGGCUGCGGCCUGGUCUUGGAGAAAGCGUGACUGAAGUUAAAACAGACAUCUACGUUACAAGUUUUGGGCCAGUGUCUGACACAGACAUGGAGUACACCGUCGAUGUAUUCUUCCGACAGAGCUGGAAGGAUGAACGGCUCAAAUUUAAAGGACCCAUGCGCAUAUUGCCGCUGAACAACCUGCUGGCCAGCAAAAUAUGGACUCCAGACACAUUCUUCCACAAUGGCAAGAAAUCGGUGGCACACAACAUGACCACUCCCAACAAGUUGCUGAGGCUGGUGGAUAACGGCACCCUGUUGUACACCAUGAGGCUUACAAUUAAUGCAGAGUGCCCCAUGCAUCUGGAGGACUUCCCCAUGGAUACACACGCCUGCCCACUGAAAUUCGGCAGCUAUGCCUAUACCAGGUCUGAAGUGGUCUACGUCUGGACCCAUGGUCAAAAGGAAUCAGUAGUUGUUGCUGAGGAUGGAUCCAGAUUGAACCAAUAUGAUCUGUUGGGACAGACCGUCGGGAUGGAGAUUAUUCAAUCAAAUACAGGUGAAUACAUUAUCAUGACAACCCACUUCCAUCUGAAGAGGAAGAUUGGUUACUUUGUGAUCCAGACGUAUCUGCCCUGCAUUAUGACUGUGAUUCUCUCCCAGGUCUCCUUCUGGCUGAACAGGGAAUCCGUCCCUGCACGCACUGUGUUUGGAGUCACCACAGUGCUGACCAUGACAACCCUGAGUAUCAGUGCCAGGAACUCCUUACCCAAGGUUGCCUAUGCAACAGCCAUGGAUUGGUUUAUUGCCGUCUGCUACGCAUUUGUAUUCUCGGCACUGAUUGAAUUUGCGACCGUGAACUACUUUACCAAGCGGAGCUGGCCAUGGGAUGGCAGAAAAGCCAUGGAAGUUCAGGAGCUGAAGAAACGGGAACCGGUCACCCUGGCCAAGAAAACCAACAACACGUACAACAUCGUAGGGACAACGUACACUCUGAACAUCACCAAGGAUCCCAGUCUGGCCACCAUCUCGAAGAGCGCAGGGACGCACGCUCACACCAAGCUGGCCAAAGUGGAGGAGAAACUGCUCGAGAGCAGGAAGACAUACAACAGUGUCAGCAAAGUCGACAAAAUGUCCCGAAUUGUAUUUCCUGUUCUCUUUGUCAUUUUUAACCUGGUUUAUUGGGCCACAUAUGUCAGCAGGGAGCCAGUCAUUGAAGGUAUGAUUCCACAGAAAAAGACUCCACUUAAGGCUUGAUCUCAGGUGGUUUCUUUAGUCAGUGUUUUCUAAAGAAAGCUGUUUGAUGUGUUUGAAAGAAUGUGCCUGUUCAUCGUAUCAGUCUUACUGAAGUUGUACUUCACCAUUUGCAUGCCAUAGAAUCAGAGGCAUGUUCUUACAGAACUGGUUACCUUAAGCUGAUGGCCAGGAGGGUAUUUUUGCCACUGUGAGUGCCUGAUUUUCUUCGAUGUUGAUGUAAAGGUGGACACCAUCUCCCCUACGCUGGACACUGACAGAGUAUCUGUCACAAUAGAUGCUGCUCAUGUAUUCAAUACAGCUGACAUUUUCAGGCCAGCAUCUAUUGCCCAUCUCUAAGAGUCAGCCAUGUUGCUGUGGGUCUGGGGUCACAUGUAGGCCAGACCAGGUAAGGAUGGCAAAUUUCCUUCCUAAAGGACAUUAGUAAAUCAGAUGAGUUUAUCCCAACAAUUGGAAAUGGAUCAUCAUUAAACUCUUAAUUACAGAUUUUUAAAAUUGAAUUCAAAUUUAAUCAUCUGCUAUGGUGAGAUUUGAAC